AUGCAAAGGGGGAGGACACAGACUUUACGCGGAAGAUCGAGGAACGCUUUCGUAAAAGCGAUACAUCUUCGUGGGGUCGUAUUCCUGACAGGUUCUGGCCGGUUCUCCACGAUUGCCAACCCCCCUCCAUAUGCCGUUAUCCGCGAGUACGGCGUCUGUCCACGACACCUUCCUCUCGCCAGCGCACACGAGCCACACCAAGACUCGGCAGCAACCCGAAACCCAGGAGCAGAAACAACUCCAGAUAAGGACUAUGCUGAGGACCUGCUGGAGACUGGUGGCUAG